AUGGCAACAGCACGUUCCUACGGGACCCUCGGGGCCAAUUACAACGAGAAACUCGUUUGGAUCAAGCAUGCCGAGCUGAGACGCGUCAACGCCAAGUGGAUCCGCGGCUUCAUCGACAUGCAUCUGAUUGAUAGCCACCACCCAGACCAAGACCCCAACAUCAAAGCUCUAUUUCGGGCAAUAGAUGCGGGCUUCAAUACUAUUCUGAGCCUGAAAUGGAACUACACGAAUCUUGAUUUCCCCGCUCCAGGCAGCGCAGAAUUAGCUGCUGAAUUGAAAGUUUUGGCUCAGCUGCUCCCUCUCGUCCUGGGCAAAGUCAAUAUUCUAGUCAUCGGAAACGAACCAUUCAUUGAGGCAAAGUUGGGCCAGGAAGAUGAGCGACUUAACAACUUUUACGAAACAAUGGCGCGGAAUGUCAUUGAAUUCCGCCAAAAACAUGACUAUGCAAUAAUGACACGCUUGUAUAUGGGAGCACUCAACAGACUAGACCUCCCAUUCAAACGCACUCCGGCAAUCGAACGAUUCCUGCACUUUAUUGCUGUCACCCCAGAGCUCGAUGGCGUUGAUAUACACCCACACAUGAUGACAUUCGCCGGCCACCAAAGCAUGCUAGAAUAUUGUCUAGCCCGCCUCCGCCCCGAACAAACAUUCCUCGCAACAGAAUUCACAAUGGUCUGGCACUGGAAGAAACACAUGAACGACACAGUCUCUUCAAAAUUCUGCGCCAAGUACGGAUUCACGCCCUCGACGAAGAAUUACGAGAUUAUCAGCGCCGCCAUGCAGAACCCAUGGCCCCUUGAACAGUGGCAGGAGUAUCUAUCCAACGAGUGGUGGUAUAUGCAGUUUCGAGGCUUUAUUUCCGAUGCUAUGAAACUGUAUCGCUCGACUGGUCGGCUUACUGUGGCUACUUAUUCGUUUUGUCCCAUGCGGAUGCGCAAGGCUCCGCUUAGACAGGAUGAUACGCCUUGGAUGUUAAAUGGAGUGUAUGCGCCCUCGACUGUGCGGCUCGCAGAAGAUGGAUCGAGAUAUGAGAAUUUUCCAUGGGCGGAGGAAUUCCGUCAGGUGCAGGUUGGAGGGUAG